CUUCCGGAGGCUCCGCCCCCCUCCUGCUGGGUCGGUGCUGACUCGACGCAGGCGCAGACGCUCCGUGUUUAUAACCGCGGUGUGUUGGAUUUCGUUAAAGCGGAGCUCCGCAGCUCAUCCACGGCUGCAGACGUCACCCCGAUCCCGGUGUGAGUCCAUGUGGAUGUGACCAUGUCCGACAGCUCUCAGUGUUUCUACUGCCGCGAGGACCUCGGGGGGAAGAGGUUUGUGCGCAGUGAGGGUCGACCGGUGUGCGUUCGCUGCCACACCAAGUUCUGCGCCAACUCCUGCGCCGAGUGCCACCGACCCAUCUCCGUGGAAAACAAGGAGCUCAGCCACAAAGGACGCUACUGGCAUGAGGAGUGUUUCCGUUGUGCCAAAUGUUACAAGCCUCUGGCCAAGGAGCCCUUCAACACCAAGGAUGAUCGCAUCAUGUGCGGGAAGUGUUGCUCCAGAGAGGACGCUCCACGCUGCCACAGCUGCUACAAGCCCAUUCUGGCUGGAACUGAGAGCGUCGAGUACAAAGGAAACUCGUGGCACGACGAAUGUUUCACCUGUUUCAGCUGCAAACAACCGAUAGGAUCCCAGAGUUUCCUCUCCAAAGGCAGCGACGUGUACUGCAGCCCCUGCCACGACAAGAAGUUCGCCAAGACCUGCGUCUGCUGCAAAAAGCCUAUAACCUCUGGGGGGGUGAACUACCAGGACCAGCCGUGGCACAGCCACUGCUUCGUCUGCAGCUCCUGCUCCAAACCUCUGGCCGGGACCAGUUUCACCAACCACCAGGACCAGGUCUUCUGUGUGGACUGCUACAAGAGCUCAGUGGCCAAGAAAUGCAGCGGCUGCCAAAACCCCAUCACAGGUUUCGGUAAAGGAGUGAACGUGGUGAACUACGAGGGCGGCUCCUGGCACGAGUACUGCUUCAACUGUAAGAGAUGCUCCCUGAGUCUGGCCAACAAGAAGUUCGUGGCCCAGGGACGAGACGUCCUCUGCACCGACUGUGGCAACAAGUAGCAGCGCUACACAACCGCUGUGUGUGUUUGCACAUAAAGACCAGUGAGCGCUCUGUUUAUUGUCCAAACCGCCGGACGCAUGAAUAAUAUCCAGUAUAUCAUGAUGCAUUGAUGCUUUCUAUGAGUCUAAAGCUCAUAGCCGUGACGUUAUUAUGGGGGAAGAUCCGAUUUUCACUUUCAACAAUAUAAAACUAAAGGUUAUUUUUAUUUAACCCUUAUAAUGUGUCAGAAAGCUGAACACGUCAAAACUGACUCAUGACUUAAUCCAGCCCCAAAAAAUGUGCUAAUCAUCCAGCGCUGUUCAUCUCAUAUCUGUCUUCAUUCAUUCAUUCAUUCAUUCAUUCAUUCAUAUCCAUGUAAACUCUGGAUUAAAUGUUAUUUUUUUUAUUUGAAUUCACCAAAAAAACGAGUACAUUGAGUCAAAUUGGAUCCACAGAGAAACUAAAACAUUUUCUAUGAUGAAAACUUCUUUUGUAGUGUUAAAGUAUCUGUUCUCGUCCCAAAAAAGUCAAGGAAAAUUUCCCCUUUUACACAUUUGAACUCGUGUUCAGGUUAAAUUUGACACAAUAUAAGGGUUAAAGCUGACGCUGUGUUUCAAUGAGGGGAUCUAAAUCUGAAAUGAAUAGUUUUUAACCUCUUCAGCUGAUCUGUAUGACUUGAUCUGUAUUUUAAGUAAAACAACUUGAUGCAUUAUUUUUACUCUGAGGAGAAAAUAAACAUUUAAUUUGAAUAUGUGCAAUUACAUGUAUGUGUCGCUAAAAUCUAAUAAACUUUCUACAAUAUGGAAAA